CUUUAUAUUUACAUAAAUGAAGUUCACUUUUGUUAUUACAUCUAUUGCUGCUGCACUCACUGUUACCUCAGCUGCUAAUGCUUGUAGUCCUGUUUGGGGACAAUGUGGUGGCGUAUCUUGGACUGGUCCUACUUGCUGUCAAACAGGAUCAACCUGUGUUUCUCAAGAAAAUAAUAUUUACUAUUCACAAUGUCUUCCUGCUUCCUCCAAUAAUCAUAACACAGCUACCACUAAAAAAGCCAAAACAUCUACAACAACUACAACUACAAAGAUGGCCUCUACCACUACUAUGAAGAUCAAAACAACAACAACAAGCAAAACUACUACUACUACUACUACUACAACAGAGGCUGCUACUGCUACUAACGGCUAUUCAGUGAUGCCUGGUGGUCAAUCAGGAUCUGGUACUACGACACGUUAUUGGGAUUGUUGUAAAUCCUCUUGUAGUUGGCCCGGUAAAGCAUCUGUAUCAGCUCCUGUAGAUGUCUGUGCUGCCAAUGGUAUUUCUAUAUUAGACUCUAAUGCAGUCAGUGGUUGUAACGGAGGAAAUGGUUUCAUGUGUAAUAAUAAUCAACCUUGGGCUGUAAAUGAACAUCUUUCUUAUGGUUUUGCCGCUGCCUCUGUUGCUGGUUCCAAUGAAGCAGGUUGGUGUUGUAGUUGUUAUGAACUUACUUUCACUUCUGGACCUGUCUCUGGAAAGAAAAUGGUAGUCCAAGUGACAAAUACAGGUGGAGAUUUAGGUUCAAAUCACUUUGAUUUACAAAUCCCUGGUGGAGGCGUUGGUUACUUUAAUGGUUGUUCUGCUCAAUGGGGGGCUCCUCAGGAUGGUUGGGGAGCUAGAUAUGGUGGUCUUAGUUCUGCCUCUGAUUGUGCUUCUCUUCCUUCUCAACUUCAAGCUGGCUGUGAAUGGAGAUUUAAAUGGUUUAAAAAUGCUGAUAAUCCAUCUAUGACUUUCAAGCAAGUAACUUGUCCAGCUGAAUUAACUAUUCGUACAGGAUGUGAAAGAAAAUAA